AUGGAGGACAUAGCUACCGACGAUGACCUGCUGUCCGACAUCUUGCUUGAGUGAGUCUACUUGCCUGAUCCCCUCAGAUGGCGACGCAAGUCAAUGCUGAUGAACGUACCCUCACUACAACCCGACAGUGGCCUCGAAUUUGCGCCACCUAUCUCGACGCACAAGAUGAAUCAGACCUACAGGUCCCCUCGUUACGAGACAAGCUACAUACUCGCGCUGCUCAAGCAGCGCGUGAUCCUCGAGGCCGACAUCAAUGCGGCCUUGGAGGAGCUCAGCAGGUACGUAAACGCACUUUAAAGGAGACGCUCGGUAUCCUCAGGUCCGCCGGUCAAAGGUCUUGACACAUAGUUUUGGGCGCAACCAGAGGCUGAUAACACUGGCGUCCGUAUGCCCCCGACAGGCUGCCCACCAUUCAGCGGCAUCUAGCAAAGAAGACUGAGCGUCAGGCUCAAGCGUUCUAUGCGUAAGUGCUAUCUGCUGAUUCAGCCGAUGUCUCUGCUCGCGGCGCUCAUGCGCUCAACCCACUCCAGGCACGCGAGACGAUACUUGGAGGCGUACCUACCGGACACUGGCUAUGAGUUUGCCCUAACCGCCAGGUACAGGCGCCAGCAUCCCAGACGCUCCAGCAUUGCUUCAACCAGCAAAGCUGGACCAUCAGUGUUCAGCCCCGACGCAGUUUCCGGCGCCGAUGGGUCGAGCAACGGCCGCAAAGCUCGCGGUCGGCCACCAGCAAAUGGCGAGAUGAAUGGCGUGCAACCGCCUGGGCACCCGCGGGCUGACCUGUGCGUGGUUGCGGUACGCCCUUACAGAGCAGGUGACAUCGUCCUGUGCAAAGGCGGGUUGAAAGACCUUACCAAGGACGAGGAUGUAGCACUGCGCGAAGAGGCGGCUGCUAGUCGGGAAUCGAGAAGCACCUCCAAGGCCUACAAUGGAGUCCUUGGUCCUGGUCGAGAUUUUUCCAUCAUCAGGAGCGCUCGAAAAGGCUGCAGUCAGCUUUUGCUGGGGCCGGCAAGAUUCGUCAAUGUGAGUGCAGAUAGGCGCGCGGCGCUGUCCUCGAUGGCUUCGGCAAUUCAGGCCGCUUAUGCUGCCCAUUUCGCCUCGCGUCACCCCGCAGCACGACUGCAACGCGAACACCGAAUUUUACCGCUUAGGUCAAACCCAAAUAGCUUUCAAAGCACUGAGAGCUAUCGCAGUGAACGAGGAGGUGACCACGUACUACGGCGACAACUACUUCGAAUGGGGCAACGCGGAGUGCAUGUGUGCGACUUGCGAGGAGCAGGGCAAGGGAGCGUUUGCACCUGAUCCCCAAGCAGCUGGCGUGGGAGCUGUAAAUGGUGUUGAUCGGACUUCAGCGGAUGUCGAUCUUGCCAGCGCAAAUCCAUCAGCCUUGACCAAGGAGCGUUCACCACCAGAAGAGGACGCGACGCCGAACGCCCGUCGGUCACGAAGGCGCAUCUCCAUUCGCAAGCCUUUCACUCCAGACGAACACUCGCCUUCUCCUACACCCGCGCCAAUUCAGGCCAGCGACAAUUCGUCGUCUUCCUCGCUCGACUCGGCUCGAGCACGCAACUAUCAUCCCUCGGAUCGGGAGGAUUCAAGGCUGUUAGAUGCAAAGCCCGCGCUAGGAGAGCACUUGACCUGCCUCACCUGUGGUGCUCAAUUCUGGGCCCCAGAGACAUGGUGGAAGCCUGACGAGUGUCGGCGCUGUGAGAGGCAUUACCGAAUUUUCAAAGCGGACUGGCCUUCUCGCAAGCCGAGGGAACCAAACUUUGGAGGGCUGGCCGAGUUGCGCGCGUACCCUGGUCGGCCCUCCAUGAAGGGUCGUCAAAAGAGAGGCGCUGCGGAGGGCGACCCAGAUUUUGACGAGCCCGCCAUCAGUCCAGCGUCGUUUCGACGCGAACCUCGAGUCCUCACUCAGCAAGGCCGACCUGCGAAACGGCGAGCUGUCGCCACAAAUUCUCCCGCAGAAGACACCUCUUCGACGUCCACUCCGGUCAAGCUCAGCCCUCUCAGAGAUCCAGUCCCGGCCUCUUCAAAUCUGUCAUCACCGCCUGCCGCCUCUUCGAGCUCAGAUCACAUUAAGAGGAAAAAGGCGCGAGCCAUUGGGGUAAAGACAGACAUUGCAGAUGAAGGGACGCAAACUGACGAGGAUGCAAUCGACCGCGCGCUGACGACGCAGACGUCGAUCCCGCGAGACCGGCCAGCGAUCAAGCCUGUGGGUGAUUCUGAUUCAGAGCUGUCGGACCCCUCAACCGGUCAUGGAGUUGACGAGGAUGCGCGGCAGCGCCAAGGUUCGCAGAGCGCACCACACGGAAAGUCGCAUCGCAAGCGCGAGCUCGAGGUGUCCGAUUCGGACAGCGACUUACCUUCAGCGCCUAAGAUGUUGGGUCCUCAGGCUCGGACAGAGGCGCUUGCGAUGUUUUGGGGAGCAGAGCCAGGUGGUCGACGCGCUCGCAAGCCAGCACCGAAAGGGCCCGAGAAUCUUGCCGCGUCCGUGCGACGGAAUAGCGGGAGCACGAGUAGGGACAAAGUUCCCAGUGUCUCUUCUCUUUCAGGCCGGGGUCACAAGCGGAGCGGUAGUGGUACCUCAGUGCAGACUCGCCGAUCUCUCGAAUCUCCGCACCACCCAUCGCCUGACAAGGACGAUGAAGACGUGCAGUCUAAGCGCAGUGGACGGAAGAUGCGCAUAGCUUCAUCGGCCUCUGCUGAGGAGGACCCUCAACUGACUGCACCGACGUCGGCGCGGACGUCGGAGCAAGCCGAACUGCCCCAGCGCCGCGAGAGCGAUGUGGAGGAGCCGAUUGGGACCUCUACGGGGAGCGAGCAUGUCGCCGGAGUCGCUUCAUCAGAGGCGAGUACUGAGUCGCUGGACUCUAACGGGAUGAGGGUAGGUCUUGCCACAUCUGGCACUGCGCGCACAUCGAUCAAGAACCUUGCCCUCUUUUGGUCGGCUGGAGUAGAGGAGGGUGGGAGCAGGCUUCGUCGGAGGACGCAGAAGGAACCUGCAGCUUUGACGCCUCCUCAAGAGCGCGCAAUCAAGAAGACCAGGAGUUCCGCAAGUUUGACUGGCUCGAGAGGAAAGAAUGGCUCACCCACUUCCAGCGAGUCUGAGGGUCGCAGCGCUACGCCCGAUAACAGGGUCUCGAGAGUGAGCAACACUUCUGUCCGGUUGCCCAGUGCUCGCCCUUCUUAUGGGGAUGGCAAUUUGGGCCACGGGGGACAGGUUUCGCAGCCUGGGAGUCGCGCAAGCUCACACCACAGAGGCGCUCCGCCCAAUGGGUUGGAAGACCUUUCUCCGGCGAACAGCAGCAUGGGCUCGCGCAGUGCAGGUCCGUCUAGCAGCGUGGGUUGGCCCUCAGCUUCGCAUGCUACUGGCAGCGCCCCCAGAACUGCAACAGCGGGUGUCACAACUCCUCUACCUCCAACGUUGAUUGGGCGAGCGCCUCAAACUUCUCCUUUGGCAGGCCCGCAUCCGAAGCUUGGCCCAGGUCGACCAUUGCAGCCUGGACAGCCGAUGCGGAAGAAUCUGCGGUGGGGCUCUGGAAAAGCAUCAGCGAGUCGACCUUUGCCUUCCGUGCAAGCCGCCUCAUCCACAAGUCCUGCUCCUGGUCUUUCUAGAUCGUCGGACGCUAAUUUGCGCCCGGUGCACGAGGAAGCGAGGCCGGACUUGCCCAAGGCUGGCUCAGUAGGCACGAAUGGCGCGAGUAGCAAAGCGCCAGCUUCGACAGCACCUUUGGGGAGCAGUAUGCAGGCGCAGCAGGGAUCGCUCGUCAGCACAACGCAUGGUAACGUUCCGAUCAAGCAGGGCUCGCCCGCGCUACCGAGCGCAGUGCCUUGGUCAACCUCUAUGAAGGGCACGUUUGGGCAGCCACAUGCUGCCAUCAAAUCAGAAGAUGUGGAGCUAUCAGAUGAUCAUUUGGGCAUGAGCGGAGCAGCUGCACCCUCAACAUUAGCCACUGUCCAGCCUCACGAUCGCGACGCGGUCGAUGCCGGUCGGCAAUGA